GCAUAAAUAGGAUCCCGACUUUCAAGAUAUACUCGAUUUUUUAAUAAUCAAUUAAACCAAACAAUGAAAUACAUGAGCAUUUGUUGAAACACUAGAUGAAGAAUCGUAUUCAGGAGUGGGUCCCGAUUAACAAGGGAAUGGAUCGUUGCAAGUCUGUGUCUGCUGUUCUUAUCCGAAUUAGGAUUCCGGGAUUUUCGUCGUAAUUAACACGGAAAAUGACAUCACGGUCGCGUCUUCGAUGCUCGGAAAGAAGCCGGUUCCUCUGAUCCUACGAAACCGCUCAUUAAUUAUCUCUGCAAGCAUUGUGUAAUGCUUUUGGUCUCUUUGUUAUACUUCCCGUCAAGACUCUAGGGGUAGAGGGAAAGGGAGAAGCCAUGGCCGACAAUCAGAAAGCAGAGCUGUUCGAACUCGACAAUGGGACAAUGCGAGUGAAGAUCAGUAACUAUGGUGCCACUAUCACUUCCAUGGUCGUCCCUGAUAAGCAAGGAAAUCUUGCCGACGUUGUUCUCGGAUUCGACUCUCUCGAACCAUACCUUAAAGGUGCUGCCCCUUAUUUUGGCUGCAUUGUUGGUCGGGUGGCAAACAGAAUCAAGGAUGGGAAGUUUACCCUCAAUGGAGUGGAGUACUCUUUGCUUAUUAACAAGCCUCCAAACAGUCUCCACGGCGGCCACAAGGGUUUUGCUAAAGUAGUGUGGGAGGUUGUUGAACAUAAAGAUGGUGAACACCCAUCAAUUACCUUCAAAUAUAAUAGUCCUGAUGGGGAAGAAGGCUACCCAGGAGAUGUUACUGUAACUGCAAUCUACACGCUUACUUCAAGCACAACAAUGAGGCUUGAUAUGGAAGCCUUGGUUGAAAACAAACCCACUCCCAUUAGCUUGGCUCAACACACCUACUGGAAUUUAUCAGGGCACAGCUCUGGGAAUGUACUUGAGCAUUUGGUUCAGAUAUGGGCAUCUCACAUUACCCCAGUUGAUGAGAAUACCAUCCCAACUGGUGAAAUAAUGCCAGUUAAAGGAACUCCAUUUGACUUCACAACAGAGAAGAAGAUCGGUGCCUCAAUCCACGAGGUUCCUGGCUUGGGAUAUGACCACAAUUAUGUGCUUGACUGUGGGGAAGAGAAAUUAGGCUUGAGACAUGCUGCUAAAGUCAAGGAUCCCUCUAGCUCAAGGGUCUUGAAUCUAUGGAGCAAUGCACCAGGCAUGCAAUUUUACACUGCAAACUAUGUGAAUGGGAUUGUUGGUAAGGGCGGAGCUAUUUAUGGAAAGCAUUCAGCGCUUUGUUUGGAGACACAAGGAUUCCCAAAUGCCAUUAACCAACCAAACUUCCCAUCUGUUGUUGUUCAACCAGGUGACAAGUAUAAGCACACUAUGUUGUUUGAGUUCUCAGUGGAGUAAAAUAGGGAUUUUGCAGAAGGGUAAAUAGAUGAGAAAGGACUGUUUUUAACUGAAUGUGAGAUAUGACCUCAAGUAAUAAUAUAUAUUAGUGGAAUAAAUUGACAUAAACUUAAAGCA